AUGGAGAGCGCGUCGAAUUGUCAGAUCAAGCGACUUCUCAAGGAGAAUCGGUUAGAAAUAAAAUGUCAUCCGAAAUCGUUUCAUUGGUUUUUGUACAGUUACGACGAGGUUCGCGAAAUCUUCGAGAAUCUCUCGACGACGAGAAAGCCGACGGAAAUGGCAAGUGGAUUCACCGCAUCAAAUGAGCCUUCGAUUUCCAACGUCAGGGAUAUGCUCGUUUGUGGAAUUUAAACGUUUUCAAGUAAUGUUGUUAUAGGCACUCUCUCCAAAAAUGUUUUUCUGGGGAUUUUUGGUCAUCCGUGGUACCACAAAUGUACAAAGUAAAUCAUUUGAGUUCAGCGAGAAAUUUGUCGGAAAAGUGAAAAAGCUUGGUCAUAAUUAUAGGUUCACCACUGAAAUUACCCAAAGGGUCCACGAAAUAUUCGUCACACCUUCACCUUCAGAGAGCCAUGUAAUCUGCUUUCUGCCUACGGCGGACAGCUGAAAUUUAUUGAGGAAAAGGAAAAAGCGGAGGCAAUCCACCCACGAGCCAGCUUCUAUUUUACUCUCUUGUUUUCCCUCCAAUGCCCACCGUCCUUACCUCAUGCAUUUUCAUUGGCGAACUAUUGCUGUUCACCGGCGCAAUGGCACUGUCAUUAAUGCUUGAGAGACGUUGUCUCUGUGCUCCACGUAUACUUUUUGUGUUUCAACAGGUUUGGAGCCGAAUUUGAAGUGAGAGAAAGAAAAAUGGAGUUUCAGAUGUUCAUGCUCAUUUAUAUAAUCUUCUUCCUCAACUCGUUCACUUUCGAGCAGAAGACUAAUGAUGAACUUGUUGUGAGUUAUCAAAGGCGUCUUGGAACUGAUUCUGCGAACACUAAAGCUGCAAUUCCAGACCCUUCUCUGUGUAUACGAAGUGUUCGCCUCGAUGUUCAUCGACGUGAUCUACUUGUGGAUGCUGCACCUCACAGCCAUCCAAUCCGGUCUCUCUUUCCUUUCCAUCACCUUCCUCGCACUUUCCGCGUUCGCCAUAUUCGUCUCGAUCAGCAUUUGCGAGUGGACACUCACAGAUCCGACGGCUCGAAUGAUCAGCAAGUUGUACAGUUAUCAGAGCACAAAAAUCGUUCUUCUCUUCCUUGUCACUGUCUGUUUGAUACGCUUGACCAUUCGGCAGGACACUGAGAAACGGAAAUCGUUGCGAUCGUUUGUUCCAUAUUAUUUGUUGACAGUAGGUUUUUCGCUUUAGAGUAUACAUAAUUUAGCAGGCUUGUCCCUUUCCCCUUGUUUACAAAAGUGACAAAACAAUCGUUUUUUCUCAGUUCCUCAGCGUCAUCCUCUUCCUGGUGAUUCCCCGUUUCGCCUUCACUCAUGCCGUUUCCACAAACACUGAUAAUGACGAGUUGUUGAGUGUCCUGAAGUCGUUGCUUUUCAUUACCCCCGUCUUCAACAUGAUCUUUGUGGUGAUGGUGAACUGUCAGGACCCGGAUAGACGCGAGGAUAUGAAAAAGUCGUUUGGUGAGCGGAGCCUGUCGUUCAAAGUGACCGAGAGCUUUAGAAAGAUCUCUUCGAAGUAUAAAAACUGGUCCGUUGCCACGUAUAAAUGUGCAAGAGCCAACUACAAGUGAGCCGGCCCCGACGAGAAGCCAUAUUGCCUUGAACCUGAUGAGGAAUCCACUCAAUUCUUUCAAUAAGUUGCAACGACAAUCUGUCCCAUUGUGAGCUCCCAACUAUUUUCAACAAAACUCAAUUGUAUGUUUUGAGGCCACCAACGAACUUGAUGGUUCCCAGAGAGCAGCGCUAUGUGGCUGAUGAUACUGUCCCAGUUGAAGAGGCCAGUAUAACUUCUGCUAGAGAUAUUAUAUCGUCCAGAAAUGCAGACGAACGGGGAUUUAAGACUGUCGCCAUGUUGAGCAGGUAUUGUUUUACUACUUGCAUGCUAAAUGAACCAAGUAUUCAACCCCAAACUUAUAGAGCCUCUCUUAUUGGAAUGCGGUUUCAAAGUAUUCGCAGUCACAGUGCGUCUUCCUCGGCGCGCACCUCAAAUCCUUCUGCUCGAACCUCAGACCCCUCAGCGGAAUCCCCAAUACAGGUAUCGUUUAGUCGUCAUGAGAUUGGCAAGGCUUAGAAACCCUUCUUCUUGUCCGCCUGGUCUUAAUCCCUCUCCAUUUACUCCCCCAACACCGGAAAACAGAAGAGAUCUUUUAGGACACGAUGAGAGAAGUUGUGAACAUCAGUCCAAAUAGCUUCUUGACGCCUGAUGCCACGUCACUCCCGCAGCCUCUUGACGUAAUGGAUUUCUUUGUCACCUCGGCGUCCGCAGCAAUGAUCCCGGCUCGAGAGAAACGUGUUGCGGAGAGAGUUCGAGACAUGCUCCGACGACAGCAAACGCUUGAGUAA